AUGAUGGACAAGCCACCGCUCGUUUCCGAAGCGCGCAACCGCAGCUCGUCCAUGGACAGCACGUACGCGUGCCCCGCCUUCGCCGAGCUCGUCGCCGCGCCAAGCUCGAGCAGCAGCAGCGGCAGCAAGCGAUUUCGGUCGCGGACAUCGUCGUUCUCGCGCGAGAUGAGCGACGUCGACGU